UUCUGUUAAAAAAAUCACUCAAGCAUCUCCUUUCUCCUUCUCAUCUUUAAUUGCCCGCAUGAUGGCCUUAGCUAAUUUUCUUUUUAUUGUAUUCCUUCUACCUUCUCUUGAAGCUUUGUCCAAUGUAAUCCCAUCAGAAGAUCAACAAGAAUUAAAUACACAAGCUUUGAUCUUGCAAGCUUGUAGUAAUGUUGAAAACCUGAGCUCAUGCCUGUCAAAUUUUCAAGCUGAGCUUCAAAAGAGUGGUCCUCCUACUGCACAGUCAAUCAUCCAUGCUGCCCUUAGGGCUACGCUCGAUGAAGCGAGGCGAGCCAUUGAUACGAUUACAAAGUUCAAUUCUUUGUCUAUCAGCUACCGCGAACAAGUUGCGAUCGAGGACUGCAAAGAACUUCUCGAUUUCUCUGUAUCUGAGUUAGCAUGGUCCUUAAUGGAGAUGAACAAAAUCCGAGCAGGCAUAAAGAAUGUUCAUUAUGAAGGAAACUUGAAAGCUUGGCUUAGCGCUGCACUAAGUAACCCAGAUACAUGCCUUGAAGGAUUUGAAGGCACAGAUCGACAUCUCGAGAACUUUAUCAGUGGAAGCAUAAAACAAGUUACACAACUAAUUGGUAAUGUCUUAGGUUUGUAUACUCAGUUGCAUAGCUUACCCUUUAAACCUACACGAAAUGAUAAUGCAACUACUCCGAAGUCAAGUUCAGAUAAGUUCCCAGAAUGGAUGACAGAAGGUGAUCAAGAGCUUCUGAAAGGUAGUUCUCUUGGUAUGCACGUAGAUGCAAUUGUGGCCCUUGAUGGUAGCGGUCAUUACCAUACCAUUACAGAGGCCAUUAAUGAAGCUCCAAGUUAUAGGACUCGAAGAUAUAUCAUAUAUGUGAAGACGGGAGUUUAUAGAGAAAACAUUGACAUGAAGAGGAAGAAAUCUUAUAUCAUGCUCGUUGGGGAUGGUAUUGGGAAGACCGUGGUCACAGGCAAUCGCAAUUUCAUGCAAGGAUGGACUACCUUUAGAACUGCUACCGUGGCGGUCUCUGGGAAGGGAUUCAUAGCAAGAGACAUGUCAUUUCGUAACACGGCUGGACCAUUAAACCAUCAAGCUGUGGCCCUUCGAGUUGAUUCGGACCAAUCCGCCUUCUACCGAUGCAGCAUGGAAGGCUACCAAGACACCCUUUAUGCCCACUCCCUCCGCCAAUUUUACCGCGAAUGUGAAAUUCACGGGACCAUAGAUUACAUCUUUGGCAAUGGUGCAGCUGUGUUCCAAGAAUGCAAGAUCUACACUAGAGUGCCACUACCACUACAGAAGGUUACAAUCACCGCUCAGGGAAGGAAAAACCCUCAUCAAAGCACUGGAUUCUCGAUCCAAAAUAGCUACAUCUUUGCCUCGCAACCAACAUACUUAGGGCGGCCAUGGAAGCAAUAUUCCAGGACAGUUUUUAUGAACACAUACAUGAGUGCUUUGGUCCAGCCUAGAGGGUGGCUUGAGUGGUAUGGCAACUUUGCAUUAGGCACGUUGUGGUAUGGUGAGUAUAGGAACCGUGGCCCUGGAGCAUUACUAUCUGGCCGAGUCAAAUGGCCUGGUUACCAUAUUAUUCAGGAUGCUCGCACAGCUAAAUUCUUUACCGUCACGCAGUUCAUCGAUGGCAUGUCAUGGCUGCCAUCCACAGGCAUCAAGUUCACAGUAGGCUUGGGCAAUUAAGCUAGCAUACAUAGCACAUGGUUUUGAAGUAAUGUGUUUGAUUUCUAUCUAUAUUUAAUUUGUAUUUGAUUGCAAUUUAGGGGUCACACCUGGCCAUGUCCAGCUAGUGAGGAUCCAAUAGGUUGGUAUUAAUGUUUAUAUUUGACUAUGAUUAAAUUUUAAUUUCAAGGAAUAUAACUUACUUAGUGUUAAA